UGAAUCUCGGUUAGUUGUUGGUGUGUGGACAUUAGAGAAAUUUCGGCAACUGCAUCCGCACUUUUUAGCCUUAUAAAGUGGCCGGAAAAUUGGGAAAUCUUGACCUAAUUUAGAGCUUAGAAGCAUUUGACCUAUAACGUGGCAGUGCCUGCACGUUGAACCAGAAUUUGCUUCAAUUAGUGAAAGAAAGAACCAAAAGAUAACCGGGCCGAGCUCUCCUAUCUAAUAUUUCUUUCUGAAUCUUCCAAUCCCAAAGGAAAUAAUGACCGGCAAAGAAAAAGCCAAGGAGAGAAGAGAAAAGAGACUUCAACAAGUCUCCCUCCUCCGCACCAUUCCCUACUCCGAUCACCAGAGGUGGUGGUCCUCGGAAACUAUAGCUGUGGUGACGGGUGCUAACAGAGGAAUUGGAUUCGAGAUCGCCAGACAACUUGCUGGGCAAGGAUUAACGGUUAUACUUACAUCGAGAGAUAUAAGUGUUGGCCUUGAAGCAGCCAAGGUCCUGCAAGAAGGAGGUUUCAAUAUAGAUAUUCAUCAGCUCGAUGUCUUAGAACAGUCAUCAAUCGAAGAGUUUUGCGAGUGGAUACGGGAAAAAUAUGGUGGUAUAGAUAUUCUGGUUAAUAAUGCAGGUGUUAAUUUUAACAUUGGUAAUAAUAAUUCAGUUGAGUUUGCCAAGGAAGUCAUCGCCACCAACUAUUAUGGGACUAAAAGUAUGAUUAAGGCUAUGAUUCCUUUAAUGAGACCUUCUUCUGCUGGUGCCCGUAUUGUUUCUGUGAGCUCUCGGCUCGGUAAACUAAAUGGCCGACGCAAUAGACUUGAAAACCCAACAUUGAGACAACAACUGGGCGAUUUGGACUCACUCUCUGAGGAACUCAUUGAUAGUACUGUUGAAACUUUCCUAAAAGAAGUUGAAGAGGGCACUUGGGAAUCAGGUGGAUGGCCUCAGACAUUAACUGACUACUCAAUGUCAAAACUUGCUGUUAAUGCUUAUACCAGGCUAAUGGCAAAGAUACUCUCUGAUCGCCCAGAAGGCGAGAAGAUUUACAUCAAUUGCUACUGCCCAGGCUGGGUAAAGACUGCUAUGACAGGGUGGUCGGGUAAUGUUUCAGCUGAAUAUGGUGCUGACACUGGAGUGUGGCUUUCACUGCUUCCAGAUCAGGCAAUAACAGGGAAGUUCUUUGCAGAGAGACGUGAGAUAAGCUUCUGAAGCAACUAGCUGAAGACUGUUAGAGAUGAGUAGAAAUCCAUAAAAAGAAAAAGGAAAUGUAAAUUGUUAGACAAAAGUUUUCUUUCACGCAGGCUCCUUGAAUGAAGUUGUUUAAUGGAUUUUCUGAUGAAUGAGAGUUACCAACCAUCCCUGCCUCGGUCAAAUGAUAAUUGCCUAAUAUGUUUGAAUCUCAACAAUAGUAUUCAAACCAGAAUAUAUGAGUCUUUGGAGUCGAAGUAUGUUUAGCAUUCGCGCUUGGACUUAUCCAUAUGUUUGUAACUAAUGGUUAGAUUAUAAGUUGUCAGUUUUAUUUCAAAUCGAAUUGUGCCCUAGAUGUAUUUCAUUUGUGGGUUCAUUUAUCACAUGAAAAUCUUUCUAGAA